AAAGUCUGCAGCUCAAACUGUAAAUUUAGAACUUAAUAAUUGAUAUGUAUUACAACUCUGUGGAAUUAUAUAAGCCUCGCUAUUUUACUAAUUGUCAAGUAAAAAAUAUGUUCCCAGUAAAACGGAUUUAGCGCAAAAUAUUGUAGGUCAUGCAAGGUCAUAUCACCCAGCAUGCAAUAGUAUUCGAUCUCUUCCGUCGACGAACAAGAUGGGUAUAGACCUCAACCAUCGGAACCUGAGAAAGGUUCACAGAAAGAAACCGAGAAGCAAGGAUGUCUAUCUCAGACUGCUCGUCAAGCUGUACAGGUUUUUGGCUCGCCGAACUGGUGCCAAGUAUAAUAUGAUCGUCUUGAAGCGUUUGUUCAUGAGCCGAGCAAACCGCCAACCCAUGUCUAUUGCUAGAGUGACUCGUCAAAUGAAAAAACCAGGACGUGAUAACAAAACUGCUGUUAUUGUAGGAACAGUCACAGAUGAUCUGAGGAUAUUUCAGAUUCCUAAACUCAAAAUAUGUGCACUGCAUGUGACAGAGGGUGCUCGUUCUCGUGUUCUCAAAUCUGGGGGUGAAAUCAUCACUUUUGAUCAGUUAGCUCUGCGAUCUCCUAGAGGACAAAACACAGUGCUCCUUCAAGGUCCACGAAAAUCCCGUAAAGCAUACAGGCACUUUGGAAAAGCUCCUGGUGUACCAAACAGCCACACUAAACCAUUUGUACGAGCUAAAGGCCGUAAAUUUGAGAAGGCUCGUGGUCGUCGUGCAAGUCGAGGUUUCAAAAAUUAAAUAUUACACUUAUAAUGCAGAAUAAAACUGAUUUUCUGUGAGGAACAAA